GUGGGACCCAGUUAGGACAAAACCGGGUUCGAGUGAGAUUAGUUCGGUCGGUUUGCGGAGAAAAAGAGAGGAAAAUAAAAAAGAAGAAGAAGAGGAUAAUCGCCGUUGCUGACGUCACCGCCGAUUCUUAUCCUCCUCCUCCCUCAAAAUGGAGACGACGCCGGAGACUCAGUCGAAGCCCCAGUCCCAGAGCGGGUCUCACCGUCUGCCGGCGGGACGAGAGGACUGGUGGAGCGAGGACGCGACGGCGACUUUGAUCGAGGCCUGGGGAGAACGCUACGUCCAUCUCAACCGUGGAAAUCUCCGGCAGAACGAUUGGAAAGAAGUCGCCGACGCCGUCAAUUCGAGCCACGGGAAUGGCCGGCCAAAGACCGACGUCCAGUGUAAGAACCGGAUCGACACCUUGAAGAAGAAGUACAAAACGGAGAAAGCCAAACCCUCUUCGUCCUGGUGCUUCUUCGAUAGGCUCGAUUUCCUAAUCGGUCCCGUUGUCAAGAAAUCUUCCGGCGCCGGCGUGGUCAAACCGGCGUUGAUGAACCCUAAUUUGCAUCCCACCGGAUCUAAAUCGACUGGAAGCUCUCUUGACGACGACGAUGAUGACGAUGAUGACGACGUGGGUGAUUGGGGGUUUGUGGUGAGGAAGCAUCGUCGAGUGGAAGAUGUAGAUCCGAGUGAAGGGUCGUCUUGUAGGGAUCUAGCGAGAGCGAUUCUCAAGUUAGGAGAAGUCUACGAGAGAAUCGAAGGUACGAAGCAGCAGAUGAUGAUUGAAUUGGAGAAGCAGAGAAUGGAAGUUGCCAAGGAGCUUGAGUUACAACGAAUGAACAUGUUGAUGGAGAUGCAAAUGGAGCUUGAGAAGUCCAAGCUUGGGAAACGCAGAGCUGGUUCAGGUAAGAAGUUGUAGGAUUAGCCUCUGUGGUGAAGCAACGAGCAAUGGUUGGAUCUAAAAGCUCAUCGAAAUUGGAGAAGCUGUUAUUAUUCUUAAUCCCUAGGUUUCAAGUUAUAGCAAUGCUUUUUUUAUUUUCCUCUUCUUUUUUUUUUCCUUUAUCUCCUCUAGUGUUGUAGGGUACAUUAAUAGCAAUGCAGAUUGGUGAAAGAACUCCUGUAGUAUCUGACAUAUCAAGAUGUACUUUUGUGAAGUAUUAAUGUAUGAUGGUUUGUGUAUCAACUCAACGCCUGCAGUUCCAAUGAGCGCUCAUAUCUCUUUUUAUGAUCUGCUAUUAGUCUUUU